AACCAAACCCAAACCCAUUAAAUACAAAGUUUGUAUAAAAAAAUGGCAUUUAGCCUCUGCUGCAGAGCAUCCCCGUCCUGGUCCAUCGUCUCUGCGGCCACACUACGACGCCGUUUGCCACUGGUCGGGGCCUUUUGCAUGCUCAGUUUUGGCCUCUCCAAUCUCUGUCUCUCGUACAGCUCUUCCCUAAAAACGGGUUGUGCUCAGUCUCUCCCAUUUGCCCCUCUCUUACGAUCGAAGUUUGGUGGGCAAUCGCCAGCUAAGAACGUCCAUAGUAUCAGAAUGGAAGGGAGUAGCAACACUGUGCCAAGUAUCGUCGUCUAUGUUACCGUUCCUAACAAAGAACUGGGUAAGAAGUUGGCUGAAAGCAUUGUCAAAGAAAAACUUGCAGCAUGUGUAAACAGAGUACCAGGUAUUGAGUCAGUGUAUCAGUGGCAGGGAGAGAUCCAGACAGAUUCUGAGGAACUUCUUAUAAUCAAGACUAGGCAAUCCCUUUUAGAAGCUCUCACAGAGCAUGUCAAGGCAAACCAUGAAUAUGAUGUACCGGAAGUGAUUGCCUUGCCCAUCACUGGUGGCAGUCUCCAGUAUUUAGAAUGGAUCAAAAAUAGCACAAGGGACUGACUUUCUCACUCAUCAAGAUAUUGAUGAAGCUAUCCAAGUAUUUGUUGAAGUAACAGGUAUUACCUUUUGGAUUGUACGUGUGGAUCUUUAUGGGUUUCGGUGUGUAUGCAGGUGCGUGUGGUAGACUCAAAUAAACUGGCAUGUCAUCUUUUGGCAAUAGAAAUCGAAAUCUGUUAUGAUGUAAGAAGGAUUGCAUUGUGUCCCUGUUUGUGACUUCUUAAAUAGUAUAAGAUAUACAGCCCUGUUCCCCAA